AUGGCCCGGCGGCCCAGCCUGGGCUCACUGGAGGAGCAGCUGCGGUGCCCGGUGUGCCUGGAUGUGUUUGCGGAGCCGCUGAUGCUGCAGUGUGGGCACUCGUACUGCCGCUCCUGCCUGCACUCCAUGACGCUGGACCCCUUCGGCCAGCUGCAGUGCCCGGAGUGCCGCAGCGAGGUGGACGGGAUCAGCUCGCCGCCCAACGUGUCGCUGGCGCGGGUGGUGGACCUGCUGCGGGAGAUCGACGUCUCCAGCGCCGAGCCGGAGUGCCCGGAGCACCGCAACCCGCUCAGCCUGUACUGUGAGGAGGACCAGGCCGUCAUCUGCGGGAUGUGCGGGAGCAUCGGAGCCCACCACAGCCACCAGAUCACCCCCAUCAGCAACGUCUACAGCCGCAUGAAGGAGGACAUCUCAUGUCUGAUGACGGAGCUGCAGACGCAGCGGAGGAAGCUGGAGGAACAGAUCUGUAAAAUGGCGCAUAACAAGUCCCGCAUAACCAACGAGUCUGACGUGCUGAAGUGGGUGAUCCGGAAGGAGUUUGGCGAGCUGCGGCGGUACCUGGAGGAGGAGGAAUCGGGGUUUAUGCAGACGGUGGAGAGCUCCGCCUCCGCGCUCAUUUCAUCCAUACAGACGCAGGUGGACGACAUGACGCUCGUGCUUGCCCGCUUCCAGGAAGCAGAGGCCACGCUCGAGGGCCUGAGCAACGAGACACACCUGGACUUCAUAAGGAAAUAUGGAUCCAUUGCUCCAAGGUUCAGAGAGUGCCAGCAGAAGCAGCAGAGAGAGGAGCGGUCCUACAGCUCCAUCACCUUCAAACCCGGGUUCAACCACAGCGACAUCAAGCUGACCGUGUGGAAGAGACUGCACAGGAGGGUCCUGCCUGCUGCGGAGCCGCUGCAGCUGGACCCCCUCACAGCACAUCCCCUGCUGCAGCUCUCCCUGGGGAACACGGUGGUGCACUGUGGGGUGCUGCCCCUGCGGCUGCCCCUCAGCGCUGAGCGUUUCAGCUACAGCUACUGCGUCCUGGCCAGCCGCGGCUUCUCCGCCGGCAAGCACCGCUGGGACGUGGGCGUGGCCGGCAAGCCGAAGUGGCGUCUGGGGCUCAUGAAGGGCACGACGGGGCGCAAGGCCAAACUGCCCAAGAGCCCCGAGGCGGGGGUGUGGCUGAUCGGCCUGAAGGAGGGCGGCGUGUACGAGGCCUUCGCCAGCCCCCGCGUGGUCCUGCCCCUCACCGCCGCUCCCGCCACCGUCGCCGUGUUCCUGGACUAUGAGAACGGCGAGCUGGCCUUCUACAACACCGACAGCCCCGACCAGCUGGAGCUCAUCUACCGCUUCAGCGCCGACUUCCAGGGCAAGGUGUACCCGCUGUUCGAUGUCUGCUGGCACGAGAGGGGCGCCAACAAGAGCCCCAUCACCCUGCCCCAGCCCCCCGCUCUGAAAUAA